ACAUUACGUUUUAUUAUGACUGUAGCCUACUGUCUGAAAAGUUUCUCCGCCUUCUUCAUCAAAUUCCACUCUGUGCGCUCUGACCGGGAGUAACCUUUCAUUUCCAUCACAGACCGGCCCCAGCACGCGCCACCUCAACGAGUCCAAUCAAAAGCCAGGGAAUGCCUCCUGUGCAAUAAUACCAUGACGACGCGCCUGUCACUUCCGAGCUGCGAGCGGCGACCAAUAUAAGCAGGCAGACGAUGAGGGAAUUCAAUUGCAAUUCGUGUAAUUGAAUACCCAAUUCAUGAAAUAAAAGAACGCAUUCCCUUUCGUCGCUGAUACACCAGGUGUUUUAUCCAAGGAGUAAGGUGUUGCUGCCAUUGUCAUCAGAUAAACCCACAAGGGCAGAAGAAGAAGGAGCAGGAAAUGAAUACCUUGCCCUGUCAGUGGCAGCAGGAUUCAUUCUCUCUCCAACCAUUCACACCUUAGACUUAGAGGAGCUGUCCUGGUGAUAAACUACCUGCUCAGAGCAUAAACCCUGGGACCCUACCUUGGGUUCUAAAGUGAAAUAACUCAUCCCCCCCGCACACACACACCCAGUCAGGAUGAAGCUGAAAGAGGACCUGAACCCAGUGCUGCUGCUGCUCUUCCAGGUGACGGUGUGGCUGUACUCUGUCCUAGCCUUCCUCCCCUCCUACCUCUUCAGCUCUGUGUCAGAAUCAGAUGCAGGCCUUGGCUCAGAACAGGAGCGGGCUCAGAGACUCAAGGCCCAGUCUGUGACGGGUCGCCCCGCGGGGCCCUACAGGGCCAUGGGCGCCACCAAGAGGCUGGUGUCGUCCCUGCACCCCGGGGUAGACACACUGGAUAAGGUGUUUGAGGAUGCAUCCAGAAGGUUCCCUGACAGAGACUGCUUGGGCACCAGAGAGGUGGUCAUGGAGGAGGAUGAGAGACAGAACAACGGAAAGGUCUUCAAGAAGGUGAUCUUGGGGCAGUACCGCUGGCUGUCCUAUGCUGAGACCCACAAGGCAGCAGCACGCUUUGGCAGUGGUCUUGCAGCGAUGGGCCAGAGAGCCCACAACAACAUUGCCAUCUUCUGUGAGACCAGGGCCGAGUGGGUCAUAGCUGCACAGGCGUGCUUCAUGCAAAACUUCCCAUUGGUCACUCUGUACUCUACCCUGGGGGGUCCGGCCAUUACUCACGGUCUGAACGAGACAGAGGUUAGUCACAUCAUCACCAGCAGAGAGCUACUGGAGACCAGACUCAAGUUCAUCCUACUGGAGGUGCCCAGACUGCAGCACAUCAUUGUGGUGGAUGACACGCCCACCAAGUGGCCUGGUUACCCACGAGGCAUCAGUGUCCACAACAUGGCUACCGUUCAGGAGCUGGGGACCAAUCUUGAGAAUGGUAAACACACAGUGUCUCGUGGGCGUAAACAGCCCAUGCCCUCUGACAUCGCUGUCAUCAUGUACACCAGCGGCUCCACUGGCGUACCCAAGGGCGUCAUGAUCUCCCAUAGCAACAUCAUUGCUGGCAUCACUGGCAUGGCAGAAAGGAUACCCAACCUGGGUGAGAAUGACACCUACAUCGGGUACCUCCCCCUGGCCCAUGUGUUGGAGCUGAGUGCAGAGCUGGUGUGUGUAGCUCAUGGCUGCAGGAUCGGCUACUCCUCCCCCCAGACGCUAGCGGACCAGUCAACAAAGAUAAAAAAAGGCAGCAAAGGAGACACCAGUGUUCUGCAGCCUACUCUAAUGGCAGCUGUGCCGGAGAUUAUGGAUCGUAUCUAUAAGAAUGUGAUGACCAAGGUGGAGGAGAUGAGCAGUGCUCAGAGGACUCUGUUCACUCUGGCCUACAACUACAAGCUGGAGCAGCUCUCCCAAGGACGCAGCACGCCACUGUGUGACAACCUGGUGUUUAAGAAGGUUCGGUCCCUUUUGGGGGGGAAGACCAGGGUGCUGCUGUCGGGCGGGGCACCCCUCUCUGCCGCCACCCAGCGCUUCAUGAACGUGUGCUUCUGUUGCCCCGUGGGCCAGGGCUAUGGCCUCACCGAGACCUGCGGCGCUGGCACCAUCAGCGAGAUGUGGGACUACAGCACAGGGCGAGUUGGAGGACCGCUCAUUUGUUCUGAAAUCAAGCUCAAGGAUUGGGUGGAGGGUGGCUACCACAGCACAGACACACCCAACCCACAAGGUGAGAUCCUGAUUGGCGGGCCCAACGUAACCAUGGGUUACUACAAGAAUGAGGCCAAGAACCAGGACUUCUUUGUGGACGACAACGGCCAGCGCUGGUUCUGUACGGGAGACAUAGGAGAGGUCCAUCCUGAUGGAUGCCUCAAGAUCAUUGAUCGUAAGAAGGACCUGGUUAAGCUCCAGGCAGGAGAGUAUGUGUCUCUGGGGAAGGUGGAGGCCAUGCUGAAGAGCUGCCCCCUUAUAGACAACAUCUGUGCCUACGCCAACAGUGAAGAGAUGUACGUGAUUGGCUUUGUGGUGCCCAAUCAGAAGCAUCUGCUGUCGCUAGCGGAGCAGUAUUGUAUCCGGGGCUCGUGGGAGGAGCUGUGUAACAAUGCUGCCAUGGAGGGGGUGGUCCUGCAGGUCAUCACUGAAGCUGCCCUAUCAGCCCAGCUGGAGCGGUUUGAGAUCCCCCGUAAGAUCCGUCUGAGCCCCGACCCCUGGACCCCCGAGACGGGCCUGGUGACCGACGCCUUCAAGCUCAAACGCCAGCAGCUGAAGAGUAAGUACCAGGACGACAUCGAGAGAAUGUACGGCGGGAAGUAGGACCAGACCAGACCAGAACCACUCCAUGCACAGAUCCAGCAUCUGCCUCAAGCCUCCAAGCUUUUUGCUCCAUCCUCCUAUCCCCACCAGACCCCCAUCCCGGACGAGCCCCCAGAAGCACUCAAUUUACUUGAAUCUACUUUGUUCUAAUGAGACCAAAAAAGAUAGAGGGAGAGAAAUAGAUAGAGAAACAGAUUGAGAAAGAUAGAGGGAGAGAAACAGAUAGAGAAACAGAUUGAGAAAGAUAGAGGGAGAGAAAUAGAUAGAGAAACA